GAUAUUUAAGUUACAACUAGCCAACUACCAAACUUUAACAGAACCGAACCCACGCAAGCAAAACAAAACAAGUUGGCUUAUGUUUUAGCGUAGGGCGGACAAAACAAAGCAAGCCCCUGAAUUGAAUCCUCUUUAUGUAUACUUUUUUAACAUCCGCUUAGCUUCCCAACAUUUUCAAUUUCCCAUUUUGUUGUUGAAAAUCUGAAAAUAAAAAAAUGUCGGUAUCAAUGUCAAAACCUUCAAUCUCAGCUUCAAUCCCCAUUCCAAGACCUCGUAAACCCUCCUCAUUUUCACAACUCAAAAUCCGAUGCGAAUCUUUAGAUUCAGCGUCGAAAAUUGAUGUCAAAAGACCGCAAUCCUCUUCGUUAUCGGCGGCUGGGAAGCUGAUGGAUUCGGAUACCAAAAACGGGUCAUACCCGGGUGGUAUGGGUCCUUUUACGGGCAGAGACCCUAACGUGAAGAAGCCGGAGUGGCUGAGGCAGAAGGCUCCGCAAGGGCUGAGGUUUGACGAGGUUAAACAAUCUCUCUCGCGCUUGAAACUCAAUACUGUUUGUGAGGAAGCUCAGUGCCCCAACAUUGGAGAGUGUUGGAAUGGAGGUGGGGAUGGCAUUGCGACUGCAACGAUAAUGGUGCUUGGGGACACUUGCACCCGAGGUUGUCGGUUCUGUGCAGUUAAAACCAGCAGGAACCCGCCACCGCCUGACCCCAUGGAGCCAGAAAAUACAGCUCAGGCCAUUGCCAGUUGGGGUGUGGAUUAUAUUGUUUUGACUAGCGUAGAUCGUGAUGACUUACCUGAUGGUGGGAGUGGACAUUUUGCUAAGACUGUCCAAGCUAUGAAGAACCUCAAGCCAGACAUCAUGGUUGAAUGUUUAACUUCUGAUUUUCGAGGCGAUUUGAAAGCUGUAGACACUCUGGUACAUUCAGGAUUAGAUGUCUUUGCACAUAACAUUGAAACAGUGAAACGGCUGCAAAGAAUUGUCAGGGAUCCACGGGCCGGGUAUGAGCAGAGUUUGUCAGUUCUAAGACAUGCAAAGGUGAGCAAAGAAGGAAUGAUAACAAAGUCUUCAAUAAUGCUUGGCCUUGGUGAAACUGAUGAUGAGUUAAAGGAAGCCCUGGCUGAUCUGAGGGCUAUAGAUGUUGACAUUCUUACACUUGGGCAAUAUCUACAGCCUACACCACUCCAUUUGACCGUCAAAGAAUAUGUUACGCCCGAAAAGUUUGCUUUCUGGAAGGAAUACGGGGAAUCGAUUGGAUUUCGUUAUGUAGCUAGUGGUCCCUUGGUUCGAUCAUCGUAUAGGGCAGGGGAGCUCUUUGUUAAGUCCAUGGUGAAAGAAAGGGCUAACAACACUACAGCUUCAACCAAUUGACGUUUCGGCCUUUAUUCUGAAAUUCCAAGUUGUGGCCAUAUAUUUUCAUUUUUAUACGAGGAUUUUUUUUUUCAUUUAACGCUGUAUUUUUAAGAUUAAAUUGAAUUGUUGCAGCUGCUAAAAUCUUAAAGUGAAAAGACUUGUAUGGGACCCAAAAUGAAAAAAAGGAGCAAACUAGAGAUUAUUAUUGGUUAGAGACUUGAUUAAGAAAACACCCUAGUAAAAUUGUUUAAAUGUGUAUAAAAUAACCCUAUAUAUAUUGUUCAAGUUCCAACAAGAGUUAUGCUAAGAUAAUUCUUAGAGUA